GCAUCCACAGCCGCAGCCUCAGCCGCAGUAGCCGCAGUCCUUAAGCAUCCGCCUGGGCCUUAGUAACAGCACGAAACCUUCCCCCCAGCCCCACCCCACACAGGGUCUGCAGAGAAGAGGGCGCAGCUGCAGAGGCGCCUCCCCACCCCCUCCUCUCCGCCCACGUGAGGUAGUCUGGGGCUAGGAAAGGGGGAGACAAGACAGACUAGUCAGAAGAGGCGGAGGAAAGGAGAGGAAGAGGACAAGGAAGGGGCUGCAGCAGAAGCGCCAGGAGGAGCCCGACGAGAAGAGGUGGAGCUCGGGGAGAAGAGGUGGAGCUCGGGGAGACCGAGACAUAGACCGACAGACCGACCGACGGACGGACGGACGGAGAGAAAGAGGAAGACGGGGAGAAAAAGGGAGACCGAGGCAGACAGUCUAGCCUGAGAGACAGUCUGGACACAUAGCGUCUAAAGCGAGACAAAGAGAAAAAGAGAGAUAGAGAGAAAGAAAGCUAUAGAAAAAGAACAAUAGAGAAAGCAGAGCCAGAAGAGGAAAGAUUGUGGACAAGCAGCUAAAAGCAAUGGCAACCAGCAGCGCCAGCAGCGAGGAGGAGCGGAGCCUCCGGGAGUGUGAGCUCUAUGUCCAGAAGCAUAAUAUCCAGGCACUCCUCAAGGAUUCCAUUGUACAGCUCUGUACUGUUCGGCCUGAGAGACCCAUGGCAUUCCUUAGGGAAUACUUUGAGAGACUGGAGAAGGAGGAAACAAAACAGCUUCAGACUCUGCAGAAAGCAAGUGCCCAUUCUGAAUCAAGGGAAGAAGAAAUUUCUCCUCCACCUCCCAAUCCAGUGGUUAAGGGUCGGAGGCGAAGAGGGGCUAUCAGUGCAGAAGUGUACACUGAGGAAGAUGCUGCAUCAUAUGUUAGAAAGGUUAUUCCGAAAGAUUACAAGACUAUGGCUGCUUUAGCUAAAGCCAUUGAGAAGAAUGUCUUGUUCUCACAUCUGGAUGACAAUGAGAGAAGUGAUAUUUUUGAUGCCAUGUUCCCAGCCUCCUUUAUUGCUGGAGAGACUGUAAUUCAACAAGGUGAUGAAGGAGAUAACUUCUAUGUGAUUGAUCAAGGAGAGAUGGAUGUCUAUGUCAACAAUGAAUGGGCAACCAGUGUUGGAGAAGGAGGGAGCUUUGGAGAACUUGCCUUGAUUUAUGGAACUCCUAGAGCAGCAACUGUCAAAGCAAAGACAAAUGUGAAAUUAUGGGGCAUUGACCGAGACAGCUAUAGGAGAAUCCUUAUGGGAAGCACAUUGAGAAAGCGGAAGAUGUAUGAAGAAUUCCUCAGCAAAGUUUCUAUUUUAGAGUCGCUGGACAAAUGGGAGCGUCUCACAGUGGCUGAUGCAUUGGAACCCGUUCAGUUUGAAGAUGGGCAGAAGAUUGUAGUGCAAGGAGAACCUGGAGAUGAGUUCUUCAUUAUCUUAGAGGGUUCUGCUGCUGUGCUUCAGCGUAGGUCGGAGAAUGAAGAAUUUGUUGAAGUAGGAAGAUUGGGGCCCUCUGAUUACUUUGGUGAAAUCGCACUUUUGAUGAAUCGUCCACGAGCUGCCACAGUGGUUGCUCGUGGCCCCUUGAAAUGCGUUAAACUGGACCGACCUCGAUUUGAACGUGUUCUCGGUCCUUGCUCAGACAUCCUCAAACGCAACAUCCAGCAGUACAACAGCUUUGUAUCACUGUCUGUCUGAAAUGUGGCUCCCUCUGCUUGAGCCCAUGCUUCACCCAGUCCUUUUCCUCGUUUGCAGCACCACAUGGCCAUUGUCAUUGUGGCUUCCUGUCUGUUUAUUUUAAAAAAGGAGAAAAAAGUUGCUUUCAUUGCACCAUUUUUAAUUUGGAGCAUUAGUUGAAGUGCUCUGUGUCCAGUUAAAUAAAUAGAGUUAUAUGGAGAUUUUGCUGUUACUGCUUCUCUUUGUGCAGUGUUAGUGUCCAACUUUUGGCAGUCAGUGCCAUGCUUUUUGGUGAGGGUAGAUCCCAACACCAAAUGAAUUGCCAUAGAGUAAGAAUAUAACAGUGGAAAAAUUUUAAAAAAUGAAACAUACUUUUCCAGCUAUUGUAAGCAUAUUUUAGACUGUGGUCAUAAUCUGCUGUUUUUUGUUAAAAAACAAAUGACUCCUUAAAAGCUUCUCUAAAGUUUAAAAAAUGCAUGGGUACUCUAAUUCUCAGUGCAGUGGAGAGGCAUUUGCUUAUAGUCAAAUGGUAGUUUAGAGAUGGUAGGAAAGCCUAAUGUCUGCUGGUUUUCAAAUGACUUCAUAUGUUUGAUUUCUUCUUAAAAACCUCCAGAUUUUUUGGUUGUCAUGCUUAAUUGCUUCUGUUCACACUAGAUACUGAUGUAACUCCCCUAAUUUAUAGAAAAAGCACUUCUGCUUGACAUGUUUCUAGCUGCCAUCAGCAAAUUUUCAGCCCAAUUCUAAAUCUUUGAAGCAAAAAAGUGGACUAAUGUUUAACUACAUUUGUCCAGUGAUUCAUAAAUUGUAGAAUGAAUCCUCUGUUUACCCAGUUAGUGCCAAAUAUUAAAUGUCAGUAAUUAGACUCAGUAAAAGAAUUUGAGGUAGAUAUUCUUUCUGUUCUUGUAGCUUUUGCUUCUUGCAUAUUCUUCAUUUGACUUCUGCAUAAGGUUCUCUGCCUGAUUUCAGGAGAUGGGUUUGACUGGGAAUGUAUACAUGUGGAAAACCUGUCACCAUGGAUUAAUGGAGGUGCUGUGGCUAAUGUGGGAAUUGUGAGGUGGAUCAAGUGUGGUGUCAGGUACCUUUUACUGUCCCUAGAAAUGCAUAUGAUUUAAUUGUUUUCUUCUAUGUUAACCAGAAGUAAUGCUAGGUUGGGAGUGUGUGUGUGUUUGUUUAUGUAAAAUGCCAUGUCAGGCUUCCUUUCCCUUUCAAUCUGAAGUUCUAUGACAACUUUUAUUUUACGCAAAACUUUUCUGAGUCUUUAAUAUAUUUCAAUAUUUACCAGCUUUGUUUUACAUUAUUCCAAAUAGGUCAGUGAUUCUCAGCAGUUUUUUUUUUUUAAAAACAAAAUUACACAGUUUCAUAUGUAAGCAAUUUUAAGGUUUCGUUUUCAUUGUAAUCUUAUAGAGGGAAGUUGAACCUGGGAGUGAGAGCAAGCAUUUUUGUGUUUGUUAUGCAACAGGCUUUAAUAAUGCUUUCUGCCUUUUCAUGGGUAUUUACCUUGGUCAUGGUACAUUUUGUUCAAAGAUUUAAGUGGUUUUCAGACUGUUGGUUGUAAAAUUUAUUCCUGAGGCUUGAGCCUUGGGAAAGUAAAAAGUCACCGUAUAUAAAUAUUUCUGUUUUUCAAAAGAAUGUCAAGUGAAGAUUUCCAAUACUUACCUUCAUGUAUGAAUCUCUUUUUUUUCAAUUUAAACAAAUUUUUUUAUCUGUUUCUAGGUUUUUCUUCUUACGUUAGUUACUGUUAAGACUGAUCCUUAUUAAUGUGUCAGAAAUGUACUUAAACGAGUUUAGAAUGCCACAGAAAUGCACACUUUCCAGUAUAUAUUUGUAUAGAUCUAUAUACGUGUAGCUAUACCUAUUUAGAUAAAUAUAAUAAUGCUUGCAUCCUAAUUGAGUUUCCCUGCUGAAUCUUUUACUUGCAAUUUUUACUCCUUUUGUAGCUUUGCCUAAAAGAUAAGCUAAGUCUAGGUUAAAUAUUAAUCAGUGCUAGCUUUACCAUUCUGUGCAGUUUAAAUAUGUGUGAGAAACCACAGUUGGCAUAGUUACUGUAGCUAACAUUCAGGCCUUUAGAACUCAUUUUUUAAAAGUUCCAUUUAGCUACAGCCCUAGAAAGUAAACAGUAGAUGACCAAUGGACCAUUUUUGUAUUGUUAUCUAUCAUAAUCUGUAUACUGUAUAUCCUAAUAUAUUCUAUUGCUUUUGUUAAAGAUUGUCCUAAUGGCAGAUUAAGCAAAUAAAAAUGAUUUAAAUUACUAAAUAUAAUCAUCUUCCCCCUUCAAUAAUAAUCUUUUAUCCCAGCAAACAGUAAUAAUUAUAAUUAGAAGUUAAUUAGGGGUAGGACUAUGUUAAUAUACUAAGAAGAGUUUACUUUCAGAGAGACACAUUUCAGUCUUUGCCAACCAAAGAAUGGAAAUUUGCUGUAAGAGAGUACUGUGCCUGUCAGUCUCGGACAGACUACAUUAAUCAUAGCAUCUUAAAGCUGGAAGGGACCUCCAGAGAAAAAACAUUUGUUUCCACUCUGAAGGCAAAAAGUUAAUACCUUUGAGCUUUUUUCUUAGACUUUAUAGAAAAACAAGAACAACCAAACCAAUAGUUUCUGAGUCAGCAUAUUAAUUUGGUGUAAAGCUCGACAUAUUGCUUCUCUAUAUAUUUGUCUUCACAACUAGCUUUGCUUCCAGUUAGUCACUCUUCAGAUGUCUGACCAUAGGCAGAAGGCUUCUAGCUUGUUAAUAUACACAGCAGUUCUUGUGAAUGUAUUUAUCUAUCCUCACAUGUAAUGGAACUUAAGACUAGUAUAUUCAGAUGUUGUCAAAAAGAUUUUUUUUUCAUUUAUGUUGCUUUCCAAGGCAAACAGCUUAAACAUGUUCAGUAUUGUUUUGGGGGCCAUGGACAGAAUAGAUACAGCCAAAAGAGAAUCCAACUCAACAGCAGUUCCUUUGGGUGGAUCCCUAGUUACAUGUGCCCUUUGCCAAAGCAGAGCACUAAAAUGAUAGCUCAAAUUGGAGCUUUUCUUCUCCAGGGCAGAGUAUGUGUCUUACUCCUUUUUGUAUCCCCCAUGGUGCCUUGCAUAUGGUAGGAGCUCAGUAAAUAUUUAUCGAAUUUUCACCAACAUCAUGUUGCUACAGUUUUUCUUGACAUGAUUUUGUGAUUUUAAACUGAAUUUUAAAAAUACAAGCAUUUUUACCCCAAACUGUAAAUUCAGAGCUUAAAAGUGCUGUUUCUUCCCAUUUUUCCCAGUAUUGUAUAAUAUGUAGAGAGUAGCCUCAGAGUCUGAAAGGCCUGGAUUUAAGUCCCAUCUCUGAUAAAUAUUACCUAUGUGCCCCUCAAUAAGUCUUUACAACUACAAAUUGCAGUGCAAUUGCCCAUUUGCAUUGCUAGUGAGUUAGUUCCCUACAACAACAAUGAAAUCAGGUCUGGACCAAAAAAAAAAAUUUCCCAGUGUAUUUUUAGAUGACUUAAAGUGACAUCGAGGCAUGCUUGCCUAGAUAGCUCCUUAUUACGCCCCCCAAAACUUGCGUCAUAUGAGCUGUUGGAGUCUGUAGACCUGAGGAUAAAAACGGGAUUUGAGUUUCUUUGUUCCUGCUCAUUCACAGGAUAUUUUCCAUGAUAACCGCCUCUGAUGUGCAUGUAUAGCUAAAAUUGUUUUCUCGACUUCAGGUCUGUGACCUUAUCCUUAGCCCAUCCCAGAAUGAAACCACCAAUAAAGGCAACUCUAUUCAUCUUGCAAA